GGUGGAUCUGGACAUCAAAAAACACGCCUCCAUCGAGAACAUCUCGCCAUCUCCGGAGGUGGCUGAGGCAGAGGCACCGGGCGAUGCCGGGGAAUGCUGCGUGGGUCCCGGGGCCCAGUGUCAGCUACAGCAGCACCGCUUGGCGCGUUGGAUCCCAGCGGUGGUGCAGUC